UUACCAACUUCAAUAUUACCCGGUGCCUUUUCCCAUUUAUUAGCAAUACAAGGCAAAGCUAAGCUUGUGAUCAUUGCCAACAAUACUCCACCAUUGAGAAAAUCAGAAAUCGAGUACUACGCAAUGUUGGCCAAGACUGGAGUUCACCAUUACACCGGCAAUAACAUUGAACUCGGUACAGCUUGCGGUAAAUACUUUAGAGUUUGUACUCUCUCAAUCACCGACCCGGGUAACUCAGAUAUUAUUAAAUCCAUGCCAACCGGCGACCAAGCA